UCUCUCUCGCUCUCACGCUCCCGCUCGCUUUCGCAGGCUGUCAGCUGGAAGCAUCAGCGUAGCCCUGCUGGCUUCAGGACAUUUCCUGGGAGGAAUUUCCGGCAGUGGAUACUUCAUCCAGCAAUCGCCAAAGGGUUAUCUGUUCUCACGGUCGGUGAUGGUGUGACAGACACAUCUUUCACGCUCUGAUCUUCCCGAGGGGGAGCCACUGAGGAUUAGCUGGCAGAUGAUGCAUCAGGGGGAGGAGGAAAGGCCGUGUUUAUCUGCUGUCCCCGUGUCACAGAGAGCUUCUGAGGAGCAUUCAGCUGCCAGCGGCUUCAGCGGGCCUCAGCCAUCCAGCUGUUCACCUCACUGCCACAGCUAAAGUGAUGAGUCCCAACCUUCCCUUUCAGGACUAAAAGUGGACAGGAUGUCAAUGGGCUGGACUAUGAUUCUAAAAGAUGACUCAGGUGUAACGGGCUGGACAUGGCGUGUUGGGAACUACCUGCUGCUCUCUAUGUCUCUAAUUGGAAUGCAAGUGAGGUCGGACCUGGAAUUUCCAAAGGACAGACACUAUGUGUGGAAAACGGGUCAGUGGGGCAGGUGUAUGGGAGAAGAAUGUGGAACUGGCGGGGUUCAAUCCAGAACAGUGUGGUGCAUCCACUCAGAAGGCUGGACCACGCACCACUCCAACUGCCAGCACUCCGACAAACCCGAGAGCCAGAGGCCUUGCUUUAAAGUGUGUGAGUGGCACCAGGACCUCUUCGAAUGGGAGGUUUCAGAAUGGGGGCCGUGCGUUCUAGCAUCAUUCCAUUCCAACGAGCUCAAACCGAGGACGACAGAGUGCGUCACAGCCCAGCAUGGCAUCCAGAGACGGAAGGUCCACUGCGUGCGCACCUCAAACCGCACGGCGGUUCCAGAGAGGAUAUGUGAGUUCUUUUCCCCACGGCUGGCGCUCGAACAGGCCUGCUUGAUCCCCUGCCCUCAUGACUGCAUCGUAUCUGAUUUCUCCUCCUGGUCUGGCUGCAGUCAAACAUGUGGCACGGGUCUCCAGCAUCGAACCCGACAAGUUUUAGCGGCGCCGAUGUACGGAGGCGCUAACUGCCCCAACCUCACCCAAACAAGGACUUGUGCGAACCUUUCGCCCUGUCCGGUUGGGGAAAGCGAGCAUCACUACAGCCUUAAAGUCGGCCCCUGGAGCGAGUGCAGGCAGCCGCAACACAAAGGGCUCUGGAUGAGCGGAAGGACCAUGCUGGACUUUUCCACAGGGGAUACGGAGAGGAACACUGUCAAACGACACAUCCAGAGCUCCCAGCACCACCAUCACCAUCUCCACCACCACCACCACAGCCUCAAGGGCUUGGAUGUGGAGAUCGGCUACCAAACGCGCCAAGUUCGUUGCGUGCGUAGCGAUGGCAAGAACGCCAUGCUGAGUCUUUGUACACUUGAAAACGGCCCUGGAACAUUCCAGUCGUGCAUUAUGCCCAGAGACUGCGAGACCUCUGAUUGGUCCGUUUGGAGUCCGUGUUCAAAGACAUGUAGGGCAUCGGAUAUGUCGCCUGGUUUUCGAGUCAGGACUCGAAGCAUAACGCAGACUCCUAUUGGACUAGGCAAAGAAUGUGCCGCUCUUGAAGAAAAGGAAGCCUGCAACAUCAUCGGAGACUUACUUCCAAACUGCCCUAGGUAUGUGUGGAAGAGCACAGAUUGGGGGGACUGUCAAGUGGCCCCUCUUCUCAGCCAGCAGGACAGACGGCUUAACAAUGUAAGCGUUCUCUGCGGUGGAGGGAUUCAGACCAGGCAGCUGUACUGCGUCCAGGUCCCAGACAACUCCACCCCUCAUCACAGAAAAGAGGUGUCUAGGCCAGUAAGUGGGCGUCUGUGUACAGGAGAUUUGCCUUCUGCAGUGCAGCCCUGCUCCAUACCAUGCCCACAGCUGUGCCUGCUCUCAUCCUGGUCCUCAUGGGGGGCCUGUCUCCACGACAACUGCAUGGAAACACAUGGACGAAAAGGCUACAAGCAGAGGAGGAGAGAGGUGCUGGAGGAAGGAUCAGGAACAGAAAACUGUGCCCAUCUCCUGGAGUCAAUGCCCUGUGAGGAUCCAGUGUGCUUCGUGUGGCAGGUGCAGUCUGAGGGCGCUUGUGUGCCCACCAAAGGGAACUGUGGAAAUGGAACCAAGACUCAAACUGUGGCUUGCAUCAACUCGCAAGGGCAGCUUGUUCCUGAGGAGCUCUGUGAAGAUGAACUGCCCCCUAAAGAGGUGUCCUGUGUGAUGGCGUGUUCAGGUGACUGUGUGCUCAGCUCAUGGUCUGAUUGGUCCUCAUGCUCCCACAGCUGCUCCAGUAAAAACUCAGAGGGCAGACAAAGCCGCACACGGACCAUAUUAGGCUUACCGGGAGAAGCUAAGGCAUGUCCAGCUGCUGCUGCUCUAGAGGAGUGGAGAACUUGUAAUGAUCAUCCAUGCAUCACAUUCUACUGGGAAGCGUCGCCAUGGGGACCAUGCAUUGAGGACUCCUCCAUGAAUCUAAAUGACACCGGCUACUGGAACGGAACGACCACCUGUGCAGGCGGGGUGCAGAUUCGUAAAGUGGUCUGCAUGAAAAUGGGCGUCGGGCCAGUCAUUCCCAAAAGGUGUCCAGAAUCUGCCCGACCAGACACCAUUCAACCCUGUUUACUUCCCUGUAAGAAAGAUUGCAUUGUGACUCCUUUCAGUGAAUGGACAACCUGCCCUACCACAUGCCUGCCAGUAAACAGCAGCAUGCCCUCACAGUCACGAUACAGGAUCAUCAUCCAGCGGGCGGCCAAUGGGGGUCAAGAGUGUCCAGAUACUUUAUAUGAGGAGAGAGAAUGUGAGGCUCUUCUGGUUUGUCCUAUUUACAGAUGGAAGACACACAGAUGGCAUCCAUGUACUCUGGUCCCAGAUUCUGUCCAGCAGGGAAUGACGGGAGCCAGUGAAUCGUGUGGCAAAGGAUUAGAGAUGAGAGGAGUGAGCUGUGUGGACGAGUAUGAUGAGAUGGCAACCGUGUCAGAGUGUCUCCGGUGGGCCGGGCCGAUGCCGUCACGCUUCAGGAGCUGCUGGGUGCCAUGCAAGGAUGACUGCACCUUCAGCUCCUGGUCGAAAUUCUCUGAAUGCUCUGGCUGUGGGAGCCUACGUACCCGUAAACGCACACUAACAGGUCGGAGCCGGAAACAAGACCGCUGUCAGCGUGAAGACUUGUACCCUCUAGUGGAGUCCGAGCCCUGUCCGUGUGAGGAGUUUGUUUCUCAGCCGUAUGGUAAUUGGUCCUCUUGUAUCCUAUCGGAGACCCCUGCGCAAGGAUCCCUCCAGGGAUGGAGGGGUCGGCGAGAAGUGCGUGACUGCGGUCACGGAUUACGUAAUCGUGCCGUGGCCUGUCUGGACCACGAAGCCCACCUGGUUAGCCCAGACCUCUGCAGUGAAUCAGGUCUGGUGGAAGAGGUCUGCCACAUACCCUGCCCUCUGGACUGCAAGCUGAUGAUGCAUCAAAAUGAAAAUAUGUCCAAAAUUGGAAACUUCAGGAUAUUCGGGCUGAAACUGAAAAUGCUGACCAUUUUAAACAAGCCUUUUGAAACAGAGGGUUUAGAGAUAUUUCCACUUUCCAUGUGGUGUAUGAGGCUGUGUCCUGUCGCAGUGUAUGAGGCUGUGUCCUGUCGCAGUGAGUGCGGUCAGUACGAGUGGGUAACAGACCCCUGGUCAGUCUGCACCAUCAACACAGUGGAUGAGCUGCCAGCCUGUGGUGAGGGUGUCCAAAGCCGCAAGAUUCGGUGUGUGAGGCGUGGCAUUGGGGAUCUGGUUAGCAGUGUGAAUGAGACCUUCUGUGACCAGGAUGAAAUCCCUCCACAAGCUCAGACCUGCAUCCUGCCGUGCCCUAAUGACUGCGUGAUGUCCCAGUGGAGUCAAUGGAGCACCUGUUCAAUACCAUGUAAUGAAAGCACAGUGAGGAUGAGGAGGAGACACGUGCUGCGCCCUCCAGUGGCCGACAGAGUGUGUCCAGACAGCAACCAGACAGAGCCCUGCAGCCUCAACAGCACCUGCUUCAAUUAUCACUACAAUGUCUCCAGCUGGAGCUCCUGUCAGCUGAGCGAACAUGCCAUCUGCAGCCAGGGCAUGAGGACACGACUCUUAGAUUGCAUCCGCAGCGAUGGCAAAGUGGUGGAUUUGAGCGUGUGCGAGGAGCUGGGCCUACCUCAACCGUGGAGACUGGCGAUGAACUGUGUGGUGGACUGUCCCUUUAACUGCAUCCUGUCUGACUGGGCGCCCUGGACCGAGUGUUCACACACCUGUGGCAGUAAAGGUGUUAUGACUCGCUCUCGCAGCAUGCUUCAGCAAGCUCAUGAGGAGGGACGCCCCUGCGCCUCUCAGCUUUCCCAGACCAAACCCUGUCCCAUCAGCCCCUGCUACACGUGGCUUCUGAGCGAUUGGUCUCCCUGCACAGUGGAGGGUGCAGAAUGUGGAGAUGGCACGAGGGAGAGGAACCUGACGUGUGUGGUGCACUGGUCAGACUGGCCGGACAGCCCUUAUCCUUCGAAAAUGGUAGAGGACGAGAAGUGUGGAGACCGCGUGAGAAAGGAAAGCGAGCAGGAACUGCAGCAGCCGUGUUUCGUCCCCUGUCCAGGAGACUGUCACCUCACAGAGUGGUCGCAGUGGAGUUCCUGUCAGCUGACGUGUCUGGAAGGACGUAGUUUUGAGACGGUGGGCCGUCAGGCUCGCUCACAGGCUGUGGUCAUACAAGUGCUGGAGAAUCAGGACAGCUGCCCUCACCAAGUCUUUGAGACACGUUCAUGUAAAGGAGGGAAAUGUCACAGUUACGAGUGGAGGACCAGUGUCUGGAAUGACAACGAAAGAUCAGUGUGGUGCCAGCGGUCUGAUGGGGUCAAUGUGACAGGGGGCUGCUUUCCACAGAAUCGGCCAACAACUGUGCGGCACUGUCACCCUCCCUGCACCAAACCCUUCUCCCACUGCAAGCAGAGCGGCGUGUGCGGCUGUGUGAAGGGCUACACUGAAGUGAUGACCACACAUGGAUUCCUGGAUUACUGCACCAAGACCCCAGGUGCUGACAACAAAAAGGCAGAUGUGAAGACCAGCUCGGGAAGAUUAAAACCAGGCACCACUCAGAUCCAGGACUUCUUUGGCGAGUGGUCCCUGCAGCCACUCGGCCCAGAUGGAAGAAUAAAGCUGUGGGUCUAUGGGUUAACAGCUGGAGGAUUCAUUCUCAUAUUGUUCAUAAUCGCUGUGGCCUUUCUGUUUUGCAAACCGUCCAAACAGAGUAAAAGUGCAUCUCCACCACAGAAGCCCUUGACUCUGGCUUAUGAUGGGGAUGUGGACAUGUGAUCAAGCUCUCUGUGACAUUUAUAUGUACAUUCAAAGCACAAGCUGGACUACGUGCAACAUUUUAAUAUGUUCAUCUCUCCAAGGCACACUUUGGAUUUUAGAAAAAAGAAAAAGACACAAGGAGUAACAGAUAGACAUCAAAGAACAAUUCGAUCUUGAAAUCUGCAGCGUGUACAAAACGCUGUGUGCACAACA